AUGGCCGUCGUCGAACCCGAACCCGUUUCUCCCGUUAUGGACUCGCCCAUGGACAUCGACGCUGCUCUGGACACUGGAGCCAACUCCUGCAACUUCCCCGAGAUGCUUGCCCGUGACCUCGAGUGCUCGAGCCUCGUUUUCGCCGCUCGGGAAUUAACCGCCGGCGCGCCGUCCCGCGAGCUAGCCUACGGAAACAGUCAAUGGCGCCAGCCCCAACGAGAACGGGAACAUGAACCCGCGUCCUUGUCACCGCGCUUCUCGGCAUCUUCAGUUCCGUCCCAUCCGCCCGAUUCACCAACGCAACUACCCGUCGUUCGCCUCGAACGAGCCCGGGAUAUCGCCGGUCCCUCGACCACAACUACAACCACGAUCACGGCAACGACGACGACCACCCUGGAAGCAUCCAACUCCGAUGCCGAUGUUGCAUCCAUAUCGAGCGGCCAUUCUUUCAGCGAGAUCGAACCUGCCUCCGUAAGGCAGCAGUCCGUCAUUACUACAGCAACUUCUAUCACCGGCAGCGGAAGACGAUCAGCAGCAUCACACAAACGAGACACCUCUCUCAGCCAUGCUACGAAUGCCAGCUGGAUUGACCUGGAACCGGAUGCCGACGGCGACCUGGAGACGACGACAGAGUUGAAGACGACAAUACCACGGACUGAGCCGGGGAGCCCCCGCAUCGGCAGCCGGGAAUCAGCAGCAAAGCGUCCCCGUUCGACGUCCCGCGAUGAUGGGCGUGCACGAAGCCCGCUCAGGGCGUCGUCCGCGAAUGCAGCUACCCACCAGAGCCUCCCCAAUCCUUUCGCCGACUUCUCUGGGUCAGGGCCGGCAAGUCGGGCAUGGAGCUUGCAGGUAUACCCGCGUCCCCUAUCAGAAGACCAGAGGCGAAGGUCGCUGCAUUGCGUUGAAAUCUCUCUCGGACUCCGACCACUUUCGCGGAAUCGACCAGAAGCUCCAUGCCACCACGCCCUUCUUCACGGAUACCCGGAAGAGCAAGCCAGCCAAUUGGGAUCGCCAAUCGACGAGGACCUAAAAGACGAGAUUGAACCGUGGUUUCGCUAUCUCGACGAGCAGGGCGGCUCUUCCGAAGGGCCGAAACGACACUCCCCCGUGAAACACCGCCCGUUGCUAUCACCGACCUCGCCCAUCGACGAAGUGCAACAAUGGCUAGAAGCGUCCAUCGACGCCGCACCGGCGGACGAGUACCAAAACCGUCGGAUACCCCUGCCACCCGACGUAAUCGAGACUCUGCGCGUCUCCAUCACCUGUUUCCCCGAGACGAUGCUCCUCUGCUCCAGCCUCUCCAUCGAGACGAUCCGCAGCUACGCCAAAAAGAUGAAGCACCCGGCAGACGAACCGGUGCGCCGCACCCAAACCCCGCCCCCGUCGCCCAAGAAGUGGAAGUGGCCCGCCGUCCUAGGUCAACGACGCAGCGUGUCCUCUCUGAAACGCGAAUAUACCACCAACCAGCGCUACUUCUCCUCCGAACUCACGCCGGCCGCCGAGCUGGUCCCCGCCAUGGCCCCGUCCGUCCCGCAACCGCAAUGGUCACGCCUGCGCAACAUCUUCCCCCAGGGCUCGGAUUACCUCCUGGACGCCCUUUUCGCUCACCUCGUCGCUUACAGCUACGUCUCCAGUCUCUUGCCCCGGCAGCCGCCGCCGGGACCGUCGGGACCGUCGCCUCCACGGUCCGAACGCUGCUCGAGCGACUCGUCGUUUCACCGCCCGCCGCCGCGCGAGAGCAAGGACUCCUCAUCUACCAAUGACAUCCCCCGGAAAGCCUGGAAAAUGCUGGGCCUCGAAGAGAUGGAAACUACUGGCGGCUGCGGCGGCACAGCACCAUCCCCGCGGGCGUCGUCCGUAUCCCCGCAGCAGCAGCAGCAGCAGCAGCACCACCACCACCACCACCACCAAGAACAACAACAACGCAUCGUGCGCAAAAAGUCGAGCUUCAUGGACAGUAUGCGGUCCUCGCGGCUCCCGCCUCCCACGCAGGGGCCGGCGGAGCAGGCGUCGAUGCGAGAGCUCCAGAUCGGCUUGGCGCGCUGUGUGGGCAAGCUGGUUGCCACGCUGCGGGCUGGUCUGCCCGAGGGCGACGAACUGCUCAUGCUGGCGGGUGAGUAUCCCAAGGCUGGGGAGAUUGAUCCGCUUCUCGUCAGGACGUUGUGCGAGAUUGUCAGGUGUUGCGAGGCGGCGUGA